GCUGGGUCGUUGGCCACGUCCUAUUCUCAAAGCAGCCCACAGAAAAGUCCUCUUUCUUACUUCUUCUUCCUCUUCUUUUCUUGUUUCUUUAACACAUCUCUGCCUCCUCGUCCUUCUCUCAGCUCUCAUCCCCUCAUCUUCUUCACCUGUCUGCUUAAAAAAAUUAACAUAAAAAAUGUCUCGCUUUGUCCGCCCUUCCAAGUACAGACACGUCUAUGGUACCGCCGCUAGACGCGAACUGAGCUAUGACAACGUCAAGGUCUCUGGCAACGCCUGGGACACCAAUCUGAUCAAGGUCAACCCUAAAUUCUUCUCCUUGAACUGGAACUCGAGUGGCGGCGGUGCCUUUGCCGUCAUUCCUUUGUCAAUGACAGGCAAGAUUUCCGACGCCCUUCCAUUAUACCGUGGUCAUUCUGCCGCCGUUCUUGACACGGACUUCUCGCCCUUCAAUGAUCAUCUGGUUGCCUCUGGAGCAGAGGACAGCAAAGUCUUUAUCUACAGCAUUCCAGAGGAGCUUGGCGAGGAGGAUAUCGAGCCCGUUGUGCGCUUGACCACCCACGGACGCAAGGUUGGACAGGUCCUGUUUAACCCCGUUGCGGAUAACGUUCUCUUGUCAGCCUCGGCGGACCUAACCAUGAAGCUGUGGGACGUUGAGAAGGGUGUUGAGAAGCAGGAGAUCACUGGACACAUGGAGAUUAUUCAGAGCGUCGCCUGGAACCACAAUGGAACAUUGGUUGCUACAACCUGCCGUGACAAGAAGCUGCGCGUGUUUGAUGUUCGCAGCAACAAAGUUGUUAUGCAAGGAGAUUCGCACUCUGGUAUCAAGGGCUCGCGCGUUGUUUGGAUGGGCGACAGCAAUCGACUUGCCACCACCGGAUUUUCCAAGAUGUCGGAUCGUCAAGUCAACAUCUGGGACCCCACUAACCUGGAGAAGCCCCUCAGAGCGACCAACCUUGAUACUUCGUCUGGAGUGAUUAUGCCUUUUUACGAUAACGACAGCAAUAUGCUCUACUUGGCUGGCAAGGGUGACGGUAACAUUCGUUACUACGAGUACGAGAAUGAUGACUUGUUCACACUAUCUGAGUUCGGCUCCAACGUUCCUCAGCGCGGAGUUGCCUUCAUGCCCAAACGCGCGCUGAAUGUGAACGAUUGCGAGAUCGCCAGAGCCUACAAGGUCUCGAACGGCAUCGUAGAGCCCAUCAGCUUUACUGUUCCUCGCAAGUCGGACUCUUUCCAAGCAGAUUUGUUCCCAGACUGCAUUAGUGAUGAAGCCGCCUUAACUGCCGAUGCUUGGUUCGGUGGCGAGACUGCCAAUCCAAAGCUGAUCUCACUCGAAAAGGGCUUCACUGCCUCGGUUAAGAAGGAAUUUGUUGCCAGCGUGGCUGCCCAGGCGGCGGAGACCAUUGUAACGGCUCCUAAGAGCGACAAGGACUACCAAGAGGCAUACCAUAAGUUGCGCCAAGAGAACGAGGACCUCAAGAACCAGCUUGCACAAAAGGAUGUCAAGAUUCGAUUGCUGGAGGUUCAACUGGAGCAGCUAAACUCUGCAUAAGGCGAACAUUGCGGAUUCGAGAGAGUACAAAGGCAUUGAUAGAUGAACGGCUCUUUCACUGAAAUAAGUGUAUGGAUCAUAGUCGGGUCUGGGCUUAUUGUGAUAAUUAAUAAACAUUGGGUUCUCGUAUGAAAGAUGUUUUGGGAUGAUGGGUGAGUUGAUGGACAGUAGACAGGAAAUGAACUUGUAAGUGGCAGUGAUGACCACGUUGUUUUCAUUAUCUCAGGUUUUUCUU